GGAUUGUCCUUGAGGCCGGAAACCCCUGACGACUAGGCUGCAAAUCAACCAAUGCCUACAACAGCAUCGGGAUGUCACUAUGGGCUGGCUUUGUUUUUCAAAUUUAGAAUUUCAAGACAAUGUUCCCUCGAUGUUUAGACCCUGGAAAUUCAGUCACGACCUGUAACCACAAAGAUGAAUAAGAAUUUCCUAUUGAGAUAUUUGUGACAGAGGCAUCCAUGACAUGUUAACUGGAUAAGUAGUGCAUGUUUGCUGGCGUCCAGUCUUCUUGUCAAUCGACACGUUACCGACCAUCACAAUCUCUUCGCCUUCGAGUCUGCAGCACUUCAAUAACAACAGUUCCACAGUUAACACCACCCUAAAAUAGGCAAAAUGCGAACACCUUAUCAAUUUGUCUCCUGCGUAGCCGCCAUUCUGGCCGCCAGCACCGUCACCUCCCUCGUUCUCCCCACAGAUGGCUCCUCCUUGGAUAAAGCCCCCGAUGGAAGGCCAACCACCCUCCCCAGAAACAUCGCCACCCGCGACGACGCGGUCUCGGACAACACCACCCUCCACAACGACCCUUUCUUCUACAUGGCCUCCGUCGAUGACGACGACGACGAAAUCCCAGACCAAACCGACCUCGUCCCCCGCUGGGGCCCCGGCUCUCCUCCCGACAAAGACGACCCCGCCAAGGUAUACUGCAAAGACUUUGAAGCGAUCACGGACGAAACCAGCGAGGACUCGCCGUUGAUCGACGACUGCCUGUCAAUCAUCCCCAACAUCCAGCCUCCGGAACACGCCGCCGAUUGGAGGUUCAUGGUCGGACAGACCCGGGUCCUCGUCAGUUACAAAACCUGUGUGUUGGCGGUGUCGGCCAAUGAUGGUGUUGCGAAAGGACAGUGGAUUCAAGUGGGUAAUGUGGAUGUCAUCGCUGUGAUCCAAGAGUUGGCGUCGAUAAGGGGAAAGAAGACUAAUAAUCCUAGUUUGGUGCCGGGCAGGGGUGAAAAGAUGGGAGGCAAGACCAGUGGAAAGUGUAUGAUGAGAGUAUUGAAGAAGCCAUCUAAGACGGAGUUUUCCAUCUACCAUACAUAGAGGUAAUAAGCGAGCAUGGACUGGAGUGUGGAGGGCGAGGGAAGGGGAGGAGUUCUGUUCUGUCUCUGGCUGUCUGGUGGAUGCCAUCACAAUUGGACCGAUGUCGAGG